AUGUUAGGUCUGGCUUUAUUUAUAUACUUAUUGGUCAGUCGACGCGUUGACACUUCUAAUCGAUGCUUUUUUGUUCACAACAUGGCAUAUAUGGCAUUUGUAAAUAUGCUACAAGUCUUUUACACAUGCUUCUUCCAUAACUCCCCAUUUGUUUAUUCAAGACACAAGUAUUCGAGUGAUGUUCUGAAUAUCAGUAUUGUUCGAUGGUCCACAGCAGCUCUAAUAAUGUUAAUAAGUCAUUUCUCCUUUUACAUAGCUGCUUUUGCUAAAAUAAUAUCUUUGACAUUCAAACGUCGAUAUCAGCAUGAAGUUUGGAAUGAGAAAGUGGCUGUUGUGGCUUUUCUCAUAAGUUUGGGAUUUCCUUUGCUGUUUGUUGGAAGUUAUAUGUUAGAACAUCCACGCAGUUUAGUUUUAUAUAAGACAAGCUUUUGUGAUAAGUCAUCUACUUCAACAUUGAUUGACUACAACAAUCUCCGCUUAUUAAUAUGCUCAUUGGGUCUUAUAACAGUUAUCUUUGGAUUAUUUAUGGCUUUAAUAAAAAAACUAUACUCAGCUGAAGUAAUAAGCUUGUUUAGAAGAAUUAACCCUCCCAUAGUUCGAACAAUGACAUCUCCAUCAGAUAAUACGCCUGCAUAUCGUCCUUUUCGUGUUCGGUUGAGAAGCAUGGACGUUCAUUAUGGUUUUAUUCUGAUCUUUUACGGUUUUUUGAUGUUAUUCGAAACAUUUUAUCUUGAAAACGGUUUCCCUUAUUAUUCUCCUUAUGAACUCAUAAUUUUCUUAGUCAGGGCUACAUUUCUACCAUUCAUUACUUUACUUUACUAUACCGUACCUUUAUUAGUCGAACUUAUCCAUUAUUUGGCUUUUCAUCAGAAUCGUAAAGAAAGUGUCGUACGUGGUGGAGAUUUACUUGUGCUAUCACCUUUCCAUUUUAUCACAAGAACUGAUCGUAAUAACCAAACGUGUGAUGAAUACGUUUCUGUUCACAUUUCUACGAAUUGCUAA